UUCUCCUGGAGUUGCGCUCCUACUGCCUACUCGAGUGCGUCCUGUACCAAUCCCGGAAAAAGGAGUGGAGUCAUAAUGCACAUUUUAAACCCUUGGUUCUGAGGGGAUCCGAUCGGCGAGGCAAGGGCUUGGUGUUUGGGGACGAUGCCUUUACGCAACCUGCGGAGUCAAAGGGUCAAGGCCGGCUCUUGCUAACCACCGUAGCGCCCAGUCCACAAUGAAUCGGGCCCCUCGAGGCGGGAUAGACUUGAGUUUUCUAAACGAGGAGGAAGCCAAGCAGAUUUUCCAAGUCUUGGAGCGGGACGCGCAGCUGAAGAAGGCAGAAAAAGAGAGGAUCAGUAAACUCGACAAGAAAAAGGAAGAGGCAACAGGGCUUCCAGGAGUGAACGGAGAAUGGUUUGAAGAAAUACAGAAGAGAAAAUUUCAGAAUGACUCGGAUGCUAGCAGAAUGUUCAAACAACCAUUAGCACACAGGCUGAGAAAGGCCAUAGGAAAUGAUUCUACAAAUACAAAGCCUUCAAGUUCCCAGAAGCAUGGAUUGCCUUCCAUCCUGGGAGGGCUGCGAACCCCUUUUGCAUCUCUCUUCUCCUUCAGAAAAUCCAAAAGGCAUCAGCCUCCUAAGCCUCAGCAGAAGUCAGAGGAAUGCAACCCACGAUAUGAUCGCUUUGCUGCAGGUGCCCAUAUGUCAUCCAAACCAGAAGAGAUGGCAAAGACGGAAACACUUGACUCCCCUUUGCCCUCUGAACCAGCGAAAAUGGGCUUUGAGGCAAACCAAGCUGAGAUGUUGGAGGACAGCACAUGCACAUGGAAUGAGCAGCUAGAAAAUGAACUCCUACGAGUUCUAGGUAGUUUGGAUGACCAGUUGGCACGGGAGCAAUCUCAAGAAACGGUGAAUAGGAGGACUCCGAUUCACUAUGACUCCAGAGCAUCAGAACUCAGUCAUUAUCCAACUAUUAGUCCACAUGGUAUCCCUAGAGAAGUACAGAGAAAUGAUCCGAGCAUGUUUUUGUCAGAUGGAACAAGGACACUGAGAGCCAGAGAUAACCACAGAACUUUGUCCAGACCAAGGGUGUUUUAUGAUACAUAUAUGAAAAGGCACCAUACAGCAGACUACACAGCUGGGGAUACAUAUGUCAGAAGGUCUCCAGCCCUUCGGAGAGAAAAUUCUACUCGUUCUCUUGGACAUUCCUCAGAAGGAAGCUUGAAGCUUCAUUCCGGACCAAACACCAGCGGCUUUGGACACAAGAACUUCGCAACAGUUAACAGAAGCUGUUCUUUGUCAUGUCUUGCAAGGGGCCAGUCCCUGGCGUCUGUUGACCAGCUUUCCACAGCUGCCCUGCAUUAUCCUUUGGAAAAUGACAGAGGCUUCACACAAAGGAACUAUCGCCGACACACUAAGCGGACUCCCUUAUCAUCCAUUGUAUGGAAUCAACCACAGUCUUCUGAAAAUUCACCAUAUGCAGAUAGACUUCUUAGAACACAGUCAUUAAUGGAGUUCGGGCCGACAUUUGAAGAUACACUUCCUUGUUCUCCACGGGAGAACACAAGGUAUGAAUUUUACAGAUCGAAAGAGUAUUACAGAAGAGUGGGGCCAAAUAGAACUCAUUCCGUAUUUGCUAACAAACAUGUGGAUCCUCUGUAUUUUGACAAUCAGGAUAAUUAUUUAUUACAUCAGAUGGAAAGGAACAGUUCAAAGUCCUAUUACAGAUAUCCAUCAUUUCAUGGUAGGAUGAACCAGUCCCCCAAAAGCUUUCCUUCUGGAAGAACAGAGGAGCAUUUUUUGGGGUCUGACAGCCACCGGUAUUACAGCGAUGAUGUCUUUGUUACCCCUGAUACUGACUUUGAAAUGAUUCCAAGUAAUCUCAGCAACUGGCCAAAUGUCUGUAUGAAAAAAAGUGGUUCAUGGAUAUGGGAUCAUGACUCCCAAGACCAUAUAUGGGGCGUAGAUCAUCUAGAAGGUUUAAAAAACAGAUUGUUUUCAAAGCAUCCAGAUGGCAUCCAGAGACAUACAGCAUAUGACCUUUAUGUUCCAAAAAGCCAAACAAAACAGGCUGUACAAAAAAAUCUACUCAUUGGAGCUGAUCAGAAUCCCUCAAAGACUGUUCAAACCAACGAAUAUUUCCAAGUACGUGCCUCAGAGGAGGUGAGAAAUCCUGCCCAUAUCCAGUCAGGUAAAAUGGAAGGUGAACCUACUAAAGGAGAGAAAUUAAGACUAGUUUCUAGGCAAAGGGAUACCAGCAGUCCAGCGGAGUCUCAUAUAUCUCCUUCUUUGAAUUCAUCUUCAGCUGCCCUAUCAAGAAAGCCAACUAAAUUGACUUCAAUAAGAAAUAUUGACAAUAUAUAUUUAUCAAAUAUUCACAAAAGAGAAGGACAAAGAAAUCAAGGGGAUUGUUCUAUAAACAGUGAUCUUGAUCAAAUGCAUCCGUCAUAUUUAACUGCUAAGAGUACAAGGGCAAUGAAUCAAAACUCACAACAAGAGAAGCAUCAGUCAGAAAACUUAGGAACUUUUAUACACAACAAGGCAUCUGGGAAUAUUUGUUCAGCUGUUUUCAGCAAAGGCCCUGAAGUAUUUGCACAUGAUGAGUUACCAUAUUCUUGCGCUGAAAGUAUCCACAAGCAUAAUAGAUUUGUUAAACAUGGAACUAGCAACAGUAUUUCUGGUCCUCCCAGUAACAGUCCUCCAAAAUCUCCUACAAAGAACUACACCUUUCCAAGAAAAUCAGCCAGUAUUGAUGGCAGUGUUUUAUCUGAGAAAUCUCUUUCUCAAUUUCACCCUUCCAGGCAAACUCCAUACAGAAAUGAGAAACAUGUAGGAGAUUAUUUAGAAGCACUUGGAUCAAGUAAAAUGGAAAACAUUUAUUCAAAGAAGAGAGAUAAAAUCACCUUAAAUCCAGCUCACUCUUCCUUAAAUCCUUCAUUCAAAGAUUUAACUUGUGAUGGAAUUCCACAAACUAAAGAUAGCCAUUUGCAGUUAACUCAAGAUUCUAAGCAUUCUUUAGAUGGUACUAGUACAGUUGCCAGCAAAUUGGAAAAAGAAGUCUUGUGUGACCCUGACAAAUCUGAAAUGUCAGAGUUUUCUGAGUGUGAGGAAAUGUACAUAAGAAAUCCUUUAAAGCAAUACAAAACAACUAGUACCCUUACAGUUAGCAUAGAGGAAGAUAAUGUAAAAUAUCAAGAGUUGAUUUCAGUUUAUUAUACAUUACCACGGAAACGUUCAAGGACUUUGUGCAACCUCUUCCUAGAUGAUACUAAAAUGGAUGCUGAGUCAUCUUCUCCAACAAAAAAAUCUUCACCCCCUCAAAAGAAAUAUGUUCAUGUUCAUUUAGCAACUGUAGCAUUUCCUUCCAGUUCAGAAAAAGAAAAAUGUGAUUCUCUUGGCAAAAUAUCAAUUGCUUCUGAUAUGCAGCAGAACUCAAAGAUGUCAAGUGAUGCUACUAAGGAAGGUACCCAUAUUCCAGACACCACCGCAGAUAGAGCACCUACUAUUCUGUCACCAAGUAUGGUACAUAACAAAGAUGAAACAGUCACAACAGAAGAAUCAGAAUUUGCAUUUUCCAACAGGAUAGCAUCACUUGGUUUUCUGAGUGACUCCAAAUCCAGCAAAAUUGUGGAUGACUCUCUCUGUGCUGUCACCAACACACUGUGCAAUCAACAUGUUGACAAGGGUCCUUCACCACUGAAUAAGGGGUCAAAAAUUGACACAUCCUCAACCCUCAAGCUAUCUAAUUCCACACAUAACAAAACCACUCCAGGGAAUCUUGUUGCAACUUCUUCUGCAAUGAAUACUCAAAAAGGAAGACCUCUUCUCUUUCCACCAUCAUCUGAGCCAGUGUCAAGCAACAAUUCACAUAUUCCACGUUCAGUUGAUAAUAAUAAGGAAAUAACGCACAUUGCUGAUUCAGAAAUCAGUACCACAGACUGUGCUAAAGAUAGCUUUAGACAAGAUGCUAAGAACAAAGAAAAUGUGCGUUUUCUGUAUCACAGUAUUUCCAGAAAGGCAGAUAAGUUGCAGCUAAAAAAUGAAAGUGUAAGUAGUAGCAGACAAGAAGUAUUAACCUCAGAGACAAAAGUGUGUUCAGAUUUCCAGAAGCAAACUCCACUGGUGGAUGUAGCUUCUACAGUUCAUCCUGAAUUUCAGCUUAAUAAAAGCGCUUCAGAGUACAGAAAAUCUGCACAAGAGGCGAAGCAUCAGAAUUCUGUAAUACAUAAAAUUUGCAAAGCUUCACAAAGAUCUGAGACAUACUCUACAAAUAAUCACAAUCCUAACUCUAAAGAUCAACUCAUAAGUACCACUCAGGGUCUAUCAGAUGAUUCAGCAUCUGAAAAUAAGCAAAGCUCAGAUUGCACUAAAGACAAAACUAGUGAUAUAGAAAAAAGAAAAAAUAGGCCAUCAAUUAAAAACAAACUUGCAGCCAUUUAUAAAACAAGCCGAAAGUUUUCCAGUAAGAAAAGCUUGACUCUGAAACCACACAUAAGUAACAUAGUUUCACAAAACGAUAGCAGCUUUUCAGAAACCAGUAAUUGUCACAGCAUGUUAAUUUCAUCUGAUACUCCCCAGGUGAUUUUGCAAACAGAGAAUGAGAAGCAGAGUCAGAACCCUUUAACUGAUGAAUUUGAAAACACAGCACUUGAACAACCUGAGAAUAAAAAAUCAGUAACUAAUGAAGCCCCUUCAUUGAUCACCAAUGAAAUCAGGAGGCCAUUUGCAAAUUUAUGCAACCAGAAGCAUGAAAUCCCUAGUCUGAGACUAAGUGAUAAAAAAACUGCAGGCAAACAUUCUACCAUUUUGUUUUCUAAAGAAAUUAUGCCCAAGCUAAGUAGUCAUUCUGAAACAUAUGAUAAAGGUUUAGAAAAUAACAAUCCACUCACUUUCUCUAGGAUUACAGAUUCAGAUCUAAAUCAGAAGAAUGAAAGGGACCGCAGUGUUGGUGAGCCUGUAUUUUCCCCACUUUCAUCUGAUAAAAGUUCUAAUAUUCUUACCGCACAUUAUUCCAAGGCAACUGUCUGUCCACCUCAGGAGGUGAUUUCUCCAACAGAAUCUGACCACUAUCAAAAUAUAAAGCGUUCAAGUAGGUUAAGAAAUCCCAGUCUAUCUUGUGAUGAGCCAGUCCUAAAUCCCAGUAAAACAUCACGUGAACGACAUUUUUCAGAGAAUUCCUAUUCAAGUGUUCUCCAUAAUCGCCUGUCCUCUGGAGGCAACACGAUAAACCCUGGUAGUAGGUACAAUCGGAAGUUUAAAUCCCACUCUGAACUCUUGUCCUGUGAUGAAAAUGAGAACUGGGAUGCCUGUGAUGAUAAUAAUAGGACCUUUGGUUCCAGGCGGGUGAUGUAUCCAUCAAUUGAAUUUGGCAUUUUUGGGAAAGAACAGCAACAGAUUUUCUUAGACAACAUAAAGAGAUCGCUUACAGAAGGUCGGUUGUGGAGACCCUAUUUUCUAAGCAAUCCUCGUUCUCUGAGAAGGGAAGAGAGUAUUUCCUUAAGCAGACCAGAGCUGUUGAGCUCAGGUUUUGCUGAAAGAAAAGUGUCGGCAGAAGGUGCGUCACCAAGAGUUCCUUCUGAGGCUCAGGGACAAGACUCUGCAGAUUAUUCUGAUACAAACUCUGAUACCACUACAGAUGAUGAAUACUAUCUAGAUGGGAAUGAUAAAGAAUCUGAACUCUGAGGGGCUGCAAGAUAAGGCGAAGAAAAACUUUAAUUGUUGGGUUGCCAGUUCCUAGGUAGUUUAUAAAACUUGGAGAUUGAAAAUCUUGACUAGAUUCCUACAAAUACCUAUUUGAUCUCCAAUCCUAAAUACUCCUUUGCCAUCAUCACCUCAUAAAUCCAACAAAAAAUUAGAUCGCCUCCACAGAAUCUUUAAAACAAACACAUUCAGUCCCUUGUGAUGGUGAAAAAAAAUGUUCUAAAGAUUCUCAAAUAAGUUUAUUAUCUCUUUCCACCCACCUAUCCACCCUCAUAAUGGCUCCUGCACUGUUUUCAGCUGCAUAACAAGAAACCAGCUGUGAAACUUCUUACCAUGGAGAUCCAGCAAUCACUCAUUAGAAUUUUUCUUUUUUAAAAAAAAUUUGCUGGAUUUAUGCUCAUGAAUGAGACAAGGGGGCCCUACCUUCCCACCUACUCAGUACCAGAUAUCUCACUCUGGAUAUAUAGGUAUCUGGGUCAGUGUUUCAUUUUUCAGAAAUGGCAGCUUUGCACUCAGCAAAGUUUCUACAAUCUAUAUAUACUUGUUCCCUCUUAGUCCGUCAGUCUUGAAUUUUCUUUAUUUGAAACACAUUUGGAGCAUGUGUUGCUCCAAAUCAGGAGGAAAUGGGGGUUAAUGUAUGUAGACUGGAUAUACAUAUGUAUAUUUACUAUGCUAUACUAAUAUGUUUUGUUGUAAUUAAGGAAGCAAAUAUUUAAUAUAUUUACUUGCAGGACAUAAUACAUGCAGCUCAUCUACUCAGUGAAUAUUGUGCACUGAAGCACUCUUUUAUAGCUUAUUUCGUAACAACACAAGCAGGUCAAAAUUAGUUUUCAAUUCCACUGAUACUGGUGUGAGAGCAUUUGCCAUCAAAAUCAGUAGGACUUACCGUAAAAUUGUUGGAUAUUAACCGCUCUGUGCCUUAUUUUUUAACCAGCAGGUAUCAAACAUGUUAAAAUGGUACUUAAAACCUGUUAUACUGAAUACUUCGUUAAAGAAGUGUACAUAAAAGUUGAAUAUUGGUUUAAAUAUUAUCUUGUUGUUUAGCGUAACACUUGAAAUAACUAAUAAGUAAUAUAUUUAUGCUGUUGGUCAAUGCAACUUUAACUAUUCCAAUGGGAUUAAAAGUCAUGCACAUUGGUGAAAAAAGUAUACUGUCUCUGUGUGUGUGUGUGUGUGUGUGUGUGUGUGUGUGUGUGUGUGAGAGAGAGAGAGAGAGAGAGAGAGAGAGAGAGAGAGCUGUUUAACUGUGAAUUAUUUUGGCCCCCCAAAAAGCAUUGUAUAAAAGAAGUGUAGUGAAGUUGUUUGUUGAAAAUUUGUAUAUGUGAUGAGAAAUCCAACACGUUUGGUAACUCUUUCAUGAAAUAAAUGUUUACAGGGACAUGUCAUGGUUCUUUAACUGUAUUUCUCCCUUUGUACUUUACACUGUACAGUAUAUGUGUGCAUUUGUACAUGCAUUGUCUUGUAUUUUGUAAUUAUUUGCUUCAUUUCAUAUUAAAUUUGAAGGAAAUUCUG